AUUUUAAUCCGUUCCCCGGGGAGAUAUUUGUCUCCUGCCCAUGCUAGCUGAUGAGUUCGUCAGUGGUUUCGGCAAAUUGCAAAAUCGUUUCAUUGAAAACAAAAAAGUACCUACGAUUCAAGGCGCAUUUCAUUUAAAAUAUAUUAAAUACACAAUAGUUCAUGCUUUUCAGAGAUGUGUGGACGAACUGGUUUGUCUCUUAAUAAGGAACAGGUACAGAGUGCUUGUGGCUACAAACCUAACGAUCGCAAUGUAUAUGUGAAACCAGACUGGCUUCCCGAACAUAAUGAUGGUAAAAAUUUCGUACCUUCUUACAACAUAGCCCCAACUGAAGUCACGCCAGUAUUAAUAUCAUCUUCCAAGUUCAAACAUACUGCAAAAACAAAUAGAGUGCUUAAGCCUAUGAUGUGGGGAAUUAUUCCAUCAUGGCACAAGGGUGACUAUAAAAACCAUAACCUCAGUACAAAUAAUUGUCGCAUUGAGAACAUUAAAAGCUCAAAGCUCUAUGGACCAUUGUUAGCAUGUGGAGGCAGAUGCAUCAUCAUUGCUGAAGGGUUUUAUGAAUGGCAAACAACAUUUAAAAGUAGAGUUAAACAACCAUUCUAUAUAUAUGCUCCUCAAGAUGAGAAUGUAAAGGUUGAUGAUCCCACAACAUGGAACAAUGAAUUCACAGAAGGUAGAGGUUGGAAAGGAAUUAAGUUGCUACACAUGGCAGGCUUGUACCAUGCAUGGCAAAAUGAAGGCACAAUAAUCUAUUCUUAUUCUGUCAUCACAAUGGACUCUAAUAACGCUUUAGAUUGGCUACACCAUAGAAUGCCAGCUAUUUUGGACAACCAAGAGCAAAUAGAGGCCUGGCUAGACAUUGAUAAUGUUAAUGCUGAUAUUGCACUGUCAUAUUUGAAACCUACUAUGUUGCUGACUUGGCAUCAAGUAUCUACAUUUGUCAAUAGUUCAAGAAAUAAAUCAGAUAAUUGUAACAAAAGAUUAGAAAGUAAAACUACACAGAAAACCCUUACAGCAUUCUUUGGCAAGUCAGAAAAGCGGAAAUCUAAUGAAGAAACAAAAGAGGAUAGUAAGAAAAUAAAAAAAGAAUAAUUUU